CACGAGGAGCCUCAGAGAGUCUCCAAUAUAAAGUGAAAGAAGGAUCUGUGGCUGCUCUGUGCAGCUUAAAUCAAUUCAAGGAUGGAAUGUUGACCAGAUGAUGAAGUUAACUUGAUACAUUUUCAAUAGUACUAAUGUGUUAAUAUUAUAGAAGCCAUGUCAGUUCAUUUUGAUGAAAGAAGUGGGACUGUUCGUUGCAAGACCCCAUGGGGUGAAUGGUAUCAGACCAUGGAAGAAAUUUUUAUUGAUGUCCAUGUUCCAGUUGGAACAUCUGCAAAAGAAAUCAAAUGUAGCCUGGGGAGUAAAGAUAUAGCAUUGUCUGUUAAGGGGCAAGAGAUAUUGAAGGGGAAGCUCUUCGAUUCUACUGUAUCUGAUGAAGGAACGUGGACUCUAGAGGAUAAGAAACAGAUCAGUAUUGUGCUAAGGAAAAGUAACCGUGAAGCUGGGAACUGCUGGUCCUCAUUGCUGGAAGGGCAAUAUCAUGCUGAUCCCCUGCUGCAAGAUGAAAUGCAGAAGAAACUUACACUAGAGAGGUUUCAAAGGGAGCAUCCUGGCUUUGACUUUAGUGGGGCUGACAUUUCUGGAAACUAUGGUGGUGGAGGUCCAGAUUUCUCAAAUUUGGGAAAGUGAAGAUAAUUCAAAGACAUAAUUGUUCCUGUAGAGUAAUACUGGACUUUGAGAGGAAAGGUACAGAAGACAAGCUGUUGGAAAUGCCUCUGCAGGACUCUGAAGCAAAACUUGCUGUGAAAAUAAGGAUGAAUUUGCAAAGCACACCAUUAUUAGUUGUAAACAACCCUGGAAUUUGUGUUUUUGAGGGAAAAAAGAAUACCAUUGUGUUGUGAAUGAUUGCAAAUUGCAGGAUAAUUUGAAAUGCACCACCAUUGGCCUUGCAAAACAGAUCUUGUUGUUACUGUCCCUCUGAAUUUCAAAGAAUACCUGGAUUUACAUUGUGAAUACAAUGAAAUGAGUCAAAGUUCGAACAGCAAUUGCAUAUUGUAAGUAUGCUUUAAAUGGUGUGAUUAAUAAUCUUGACUUACCACUCAACCUUGGAAAUUCAGAAAGAGAACAAUUAAAACUGGAAUCUCUCGAGGCUUUCAAAUGUCUCUUGCUUUUCCUUUGUGUUCCCACUCUCAAUUUAAUCUUUAUUACUAUUCUAUUUUGUUUUAUGCAUUUAAAUUGACUCAAUUUCACAUUAUCCUGAUUGCUUUUCUAAUGAAGAGAAAAUACAUGAUCUAAUAGAAAUGUCUUUUUUUUAAUAAAGUGGUCUAAUAGCAAAAACAAAGGUUUCCUUUUUAUAAAAGGGAAUUUAAAUUAAUUCUUGACAUUAUGCGCCGUCUGGAGAAUGAAGUCUUUUACGUGUGACACUUAGGGAAGUCUCAAGUGUACUGCUGGACACUACUUCUUCCCUGGCUGCAGAUGGGGGGGUAGAGGGUGAUCACCCCCUACUUUUCAUGUCUGUUUCUUCCACUAUUUCAUUGCUUAUCCUGCAAUAUACCAUGUUGCUGCCAUAGCACUAUUCUUGAUUUUAGUAAUUUCUAGCACUAAAAUAAUUGGAGCCUCAAGUUGAGAAGGAAGUUAUAACUUGGAUAUUUGUCACAAAAUGCUCACCACCAGCAAAUUCUGGAGCACAGAUAUGCGAGCUUAAGGAUGCAUAUUUCUGCUUUAAAAAUGAAAGUCUACACAACCAUUCAUAUGUUGAAGACAG